CGACCAGACAAGCCCGAACCUGUCCGGGCUCGCUUGUAUUGCAUCACCACCAAAACAGACCGGAUCGAACCAGACUAGACUAAAUCAUCUUCAUACUCUUGAGAACCAAGUUCUAGAGCUUUCCACACAAACUUCCGCCAUGGCCGAAGGUGACGUGAGCUAUCCCAACCCUAACGGCAGCAUCAGAGAUGCUGUGACGAACGGUCCUGUUAUGGACAACAUCAAGUCCGAGGCCUCGCGUACCCAAGAGGAAUUGCGCGACCUGAGAUAUUCGAGCUCAACUCCGUCAACGACCACUGCGACCGGGCAGCCCCUGACAUACUAUCAUUCCUUGCUUUACAGACUCCUGAGCUGGGAGCAACCCAGAGCUACUGCUGUUUCCUUUGUGAGCGUCAUCGCCUUUAUCUUUGCCGCCCGUUACCUGCCCCUUCUUCGCUGGUUCUUCAAGUUUACGUAUCUGGCUUUGGGAUUCACUGCUGCGGCCGAAAUUGGUGGUCGUCUCGUGCUGUCACAGGGCCUCGCCAGCUCAUUCCGUCCUCGCAAAUACUACACCGUCCCCAAGGAAACCGUUGAGGCAGUCUUGGAGGACCUCGAACAGCUCGUCGACUUCCUUCUUCUUGAGUUCCAGCGUAUUCUGUUCGCCGAGAAUGUUGUCCACACUGUUGCUGCCUUCUCUGCCGCCUUUACUGCCUACUGGCUGAUCAAGUUCCUCCCAUUCUGGGGAUUGUCUCUGAUUGCAGUCACCAUCGCCUAUCUGGGGCCUCUUGUCUACAUCAACAACCGCGAAGUCAUUGAUGAUCAAAUUGAGAAUGUCCAUGCAAUGAUCAACUCCCAAGCGCACCAGUUGAAGGACCUCGCUGAGGAGCGUACCCAUCAUGCCACCGGUCUCGUGAAGCAAUACGUUGGUGAUUACAGCGCCAAGGCUCAGGAGUACAUUGGCCACCGCCGCAGUACUUCACCAGAAGCUACCAAGGCCGCCGGUUCUGUUGUCAAGAAGGAGCCCAUCUCCGAACCCGUCAUCAAGACAUCGGACUUCCCGGCGGCCCCAAAGCAGGAGCCGGUAGCAGAACCGAUUGAGCACAACCGCCAGCCUCUGGAGACCAGGGAGCCUCUGCUGGCUGCUUAAGUGCGCCAUUUUGUCUCAUUGCUCGUCUAUUGACCUGCUAGUCGGUCAAAGAGAUGAUGACAUCGGACAUGGAUUAUGCUAACGGGCAAGCGAUCUAGUAUUGCUCCUGCGAAUUGAGUUUGGGUAGAAUUGGAUUGUACAUUGUGACUCGGGACGGAUGGUUCGGCGUGCAUGAUGUUAAGAUGGUAUGAUUUCUCAGGGUUUCUAUUUCUCUUAUUUCCCCUUUACAAGGGU